AAUUUUUAUAUUUUGAGUAAACGUCUAGACACUUUUUAUAACUAUGGGUAAAUUAAAAAACCUCGCAUAUGUUUCAAAACAAGACCAAAUAGAAUUUUUAAAUUCCUUCGACAACGUUUUUUUCGAUUUAGAUGGUGUGGUGUGGCUCAGCUAUGAACCAAUAACAGGAGCAUCGGAUUGUAUUAAUAAUUUGAAAAAAUUGAAAAAACGAGUCAAUUAUUUGUCAAAUAACGCUUAUAAAUCACCACAGGAUAUAGCUACCAUUCUGAAUAAACUUAACCAUAACGUAACUUCAGAUGACAUCAUCAACCCUAUCAUAACCAUAAUUUCGUUCUUCAAAAAUAUUAAUUUCAAUGAUGAAAUAUAUUUAAUAGGCUCUCCGGCAUUGAGGCAAGCGAUGGUUCAUGCUGGGCUCAAUGUAGUACCCGAAGUUUCUAUAGAAGUCGAUAACGAAUUGGAGAGUUUUCUACAACAUUACGACGAAAAUAUCAAAAUAAAAGCAGUUGUCGUCGAAAUUGAUCUAACUAUGACUUACAUCAAGUUACAAAAAUGUGUCUGGUAUUUGAAACAACCCGAUUGUCGACUGGUGGUAGGAAUGUCUGAUAAAUUUGCACCGGUAGCAGACAAAGGACCAAUUAUAGGCAUGCAUUAUUUCGUUGAAUGUUUGAAAGCUGCAUCUGGUAAAGAACCUAUUUACGUAGCUAAACCAUCGCAAUAUUUGGUCGAUUUUAUCAAAUUAAAAUUCAAUAUUACUAAUCCGGAUAGAACUUUGAUAAUAGGGGAUUCAAUCGAACAAGACAUGGGAACUGCAAUACGAGGGGGAUUUCAAAAAUUAUUGGUAUUAAGUGGUACAGCUACUAAGGAAGAUAUUAAUAACUGGAAAUAUCCGGAAGAAAAUAAACCUGAAUAUUAUAUUGAAGAUUUAAACGUCUUAAAUACAAUAAUUAAGUCAGUUUUUCCAAAAAUUUAAUUUCCUUUAGCUCAAAUUUGUUAAAAUAAAUUAAAUAUAAAUAAAAGUUUUUACUAUU